UUUGAGAGAUGAAUAGUUCAGGGCUUGUUGUGCUGCUCGUCAUCAUGAGGCGGAGCAGCAGCGGCGCAGUCACGUGACACGACACAUUCACGGGGGGGUCAUCCAGUGUUUCCUCUAAAACACCUAAUAAUCAUGCCUACCACACAGCAGUCACCUCAGGAUGAGCAGGAGAAGCUGUUGGAUGAAGCUGUGCAGGCAGUCAAGGUUCAGUCAUUUCAGAUGAAACGCUGUCUGGACAAGAACAAGUUGAUGGAUGCACUGAAACAUGCUUCAAAUAUGUUGGGGGAGUUGAGGACUUCUAUGCUUUCUCCCAAGAGCUACUACGAACUCUACAUGGCCAUCUCUGAUGAGCUGCAUUACCUGGAGGUCUAUUUGACAGACGAGUUCACCAAAGGCCGCAAGGUCUCUGACCUCUAUGAGCUUGUUCAGUAUGCAGGCAACAUCAUCCCUAGACUGUAUCUGUUGAUAACUGUCGGCGUGGUGUACGUUCGCUCUUUCCCCCAAUCCCGCAAAGACAUCCUAAAGGACCUGGUGGAAAUGUGCCGUGGUGUGCAGCAUCCACUGCGGGGCUUGUUCCUCAGGAACUACCUGCUGCAGUGUACGCGCAACAUCCUGCCUGAUGAUGGAGAGCAGGCUGAGGAAGAGAUGACUGGGGACAUUAAUGACUCCAUUGACUUUGUACUGCUGAAUUUUGCCGAGAUGAAUAAACUGUGGGUGCGCAUGCAGCAUCAGGGACACAGUAGGGACCGAGAAAAGAGAGAGAAGGAGAGACAAGAGCUGCGCAUCCUCGUAGGGACCAAUCUGGUCCGACUGAGCCAGCUGGAAGGCGUCAAUGUGGAAAAGUACAAACAGAUCGUGUUGUCUGGGAUAUUGGAGCAGGUGGUGAACUGUAGAGACUCUCUAGCACAGGAAUACCUCAUGGAGUGUAUUAUACAGGUCAUUCCGGAUGAGUUUCACCUGCAGACGCUGAACCCGUUCCUUCGCUCAUGUGCCGAUCUGCAUCAAAACGUGAACGUCAAGAACAUCAUCAUUGCUCUUAUUGACAGAUUGGCCUUGUUUGCUCACAGAGAAGAUGGCCCUGGAAUCCCUGCUGAAAUCAAGCUAUUCGAUAUUUUCUCACAGCAAGUGGCAACAGUCAUACAGUCUCGUCAGGACAUGCCAUCUGAAGAUGUUGUUUCACUUCAAGUGUCUCUCAUCAAUCUGGCCAUGAAGUGCUAUCCUGAGCGUGUGGACUAUGUGGAUAAAGUGUUGGAAAGUACUGUGGAGAUUUUCAACAAACUCAACCUGGAGCACAUUGCCACCAGCAGCGCAGUGUCUAAGGAGCUAACCAGGCUGCUAAAGAUCCCCGUGGACACGUACAAUAACAUCCUCACCGUGCUUCAGCUCAAGCAUUUUCCACCACUCUUUGAGUACUUCGAUUAUGAGUCACGCAAAAGCAUGAGUUGCUACGUGCUGAGCAACAUUCUGGACUACAACACCACCAUAGUGGCCCAAGAUCAGGUUGAUGCAAUCCUGAACCUGGUGUCUACACUGAUCCAGGACCAGCCAGAUCAGCCUGCUGAGGAUCCGGACCCCGAGGACUUUACAGAGGAACAGAGCCUAGUGGGCCGCUUUAUUCAUCUGCUGCUUUCAGAUGACCCUGACCAGCAGUAUUUGAUUUUAAACACUGCCAGGAAACACUUUGGCGCUGGGGGGAACCAGAGAAUUCGACACACUCUUCCCCCGCUGGUGUUCGCUGCUUAUCAACUGGCCUUCCGUUACAAAGAGAACUCCUCCUCGGAUGAUAAAUGGGAAAAGAAAUGUCAGAAGAUUUUCUCAUUCGCUCAUCAGACCAUCAGUGCUCUGAUCAAAGCUGAGCUGGCCGAGUUACCCCUGAGGCUGUUCCUCCAGGGGGCUCUGGCGGCUGGAGAGAUCGGCUUUGAGAACCAUGAAACCGUUGCCUACGAGUUCAUGUCUCAGGCCUUCUCCCUGUAUGAAGACGAGAUCAGCGACUCGAAGGCUCAGCUGGCUGCAAUAACGCUGAUCAUUGGCACAUUUGAGCGUACGCGGUGCUUCAGCGAAGAGAACCACGAGCCCCUGCGUACCCAGUGUGCCCUGGCUGCCUCCAAACUGCUGAAGAAACCCGACCAGUGCCGUGCGGUCAGCAUUUGUGCCCACCUUUUCUGGUCAGGACGCAACACUGACAAGAGUGGAGAAGAGAUCCGUGAUGGGCGGAGGGUGAUGGAAUGCUUGAAGAAGGCUCUGAAGAUCGCUAACCAGUGCAUGGACCCGUCCUUGCAAGUUCAGCUCUUCAUCGAGAUCCUCAACAGAUACAUCUGCUUCUAUGAGCGAGAGAAUGACGCGGUGACGGUCCAAGUCCUGAAUCAGCUGAUCCAGAAGAUCCGCGAGGAUCUCCCGAACCUGGAGGCGAGCGAGGAGACGGAGCAGAUUAACAAACACUUCCACAACACACUGGAGCACCUGCGUCUGCAGAGAGAGUCGCCCGAGUCUGAGGGACCUGCUUACGAGGGGCUGGUGCUGUAGGAGCCUCACGCAUUUACAUUUAUAUUUGUGUACACACGCAUAGAGAGAUAUAUGUAUAUGCCCACAUGUGCACACCAGGGUAUUCCAGCCAGGGGAAAAACAAAGCCAAACUCGCCUGCCUCUCUACCCAUUCCUCUCAUACUUUGUCUGUUGUUUUUCAUCCUCUGCCCAUCUUUUGUCUCUCUUUCUCAUUUCGUGAGGCGUUUCCUUGUGAGAACAGUGGUUAGAGAACAGUGCAUACACUGCACUCCUGCUCUGCGCUUCCUUCAGACUACCAUUCUCUCUUGAUACUAUUGCUGCCAUACAAAUGAGCAAGAAUAAAGCUAUAUAUUUAAGAGAGAGAGAGAAAGUGUUGCUACACCACUUUCUCGCCCCGCCAGCCAAACUGGAGAAAAAAUGGCAAAGCUUUGCUUUGUUACAGUCUUUGUUUAGAGGACCUACUCUUGAUUCUACUUUCUGUUUUCAGCAUUAAUAUUUUAAAUGCCAUGCUGAAUUAAAGACAUUUGUGUAACUAAUGAAUAGUCUUGUUUCUCACCCUUUUACUUUGCGGCAGACACUUUGGUGGAGUGGGACAGUGUGUUGACUAAUAUGUGGAAGGGGUGAACAUGUGUAUAGACUCUAUUGAUGAAUGAGUUGCUGUGGCUGUGAAUCGAAACAAUGUCAGAAGCCUUCUCUUGCAUCUUGUCUCCUUUUUUUGAAUUAUGAUUCCCCUUCCUUCAUAUAUUGUAUGUAUAAUCUAAUUGUAAAUCAGUUACAACAAAAUAUCAUUGAUUUCAUGGCAUUUGCACAAAUAAAAAAAAUGAUAUUAACCCCA